GCGCCAUUACAAUCCUCAGCGUCGAGGACAGCCUUAAGUUCGCCCGCGAGCACCCGGAGCACGUCCUCACCUCCCGCUACGUGGAUCGUUGGAAGCCGGAAGAUGGAGUUACGUUUCCCAAAGACUUCGACAUCAAACACAUCAACGCCGACUUCAAGGCCAAGCUGGGACCUAAAUCCAGGUGGUGCGUCGUAGGAUGGCGCGAUCCUCAAAUACAUGAGGUGGAGCGGUCGGCGCCUACGCCGCUCACGUUGAGCAUGUACUUGUUCAUGCAAAUGAGCGCAAGCCGCUCUUGGCCGGCAUGGGUCAAAGACGUGAAAACCGCCUUUUUGCAAGGCAAGCCCACCACCAGAAAACAAAAGUUGGCAUGCAAAAUGCCUUCUGACGAAGCUUUUGAGGGCUACGAUGGCAGGCAGCUCAUACGCUUGGAGACGGAAGUCUACGGCCUGGUGAGUGGGCCGGCUUGGUGGAGAAGGUCGUUGCUGGAACUGUUGGUCAAGUACUUUGGCUACCGGGUAAACCCUUAUGACCGGUGCGUCCUCACCCUCGACGGCAACUCCGACGACGAGGACAGCGAGCUGGACCACACAAUCGGACCUCUCCGGUGCCUUAAGGUGCGAGAGAGCCUCAAACGCACGCAGGGCAUCAUUGUGAUAGAGGUCGAUGACUUGUUGGAGGCUGGCGGUCCUCGCCAUCGUCAGUUGAUGGAACGUCUGGAGAACAAGGUGAAGUUUGGAAAGAUCCAGUGCCUUCGGGAGCAGCCGGAGGGCACGUCCUACGCUGGUCGUCGCGUCUACCAGGACAAGGACUGGGGUUUCAGGUACACCAUGGACGACUACAUCGACCAGCGCCUGAAGCCGGUGCGGUGUGAUCGAAAGAUCUUCAAGAAAGAUGCCGACACUGUGCGCAUCAACGACGGCGAGGAAGCACAACUCCGUGGCACAGUCGCAGCCAUAAACUGGGUGGCUCGCGAAGGUCGCCCUGACGCUAGCGCAGCGGCGUCUAUCUACUCCGGGGUGUUCGGCAAGGCCACGAUCGGGGACAUCCACCGGGUCAACGACGUCGUUCACAAGCUCAAGGCGCACCCGCUCUCCCUGAAGGUCCACCCGAUCAAAGAGUCGGCGAUCCGGCACUUUGUCAUCGCAGACUCCUCCUUCGACCCGAAGGGUGAGCCUGCUGGGAUGGCGGUCGAGACGUAUGCGGCGCAAG